UCAGGAUCGAAUCUUCUAUUUUUCAUCUUUAUUGUGGCUAGCUGCAAUAUAUAAUCGACGACGAGUUACGAUUUAAAAUCAAUCGGUAUUUGAAUGUGCUUGUUGUUGAUCUGAUCUCAAUCAAUCAAUCCAGAAUCGAAAUGUCUAUCAGUGUACACGGCUUUAGUGCUUGUUGGAUCUUAUUGAUCAUCGGCUUAUCAUCGUUAUUGAUUGAUGCUCGAAGUCGUAUACCAAGAUCACAGCCAACACUUUGUAAACCAGAUCAAGUGUAUGAAUCAAGUUUGAAAAAAUGUACCCGCUUAAAGAAUUCAAUUUCUGUAUUGGUCAAAGAUAUUAUUGACAAUGCUGAUACAUCGUUACCAUUUAUGCAUUAUAAUCCGGAUGCAACAAAUCGAAUGAAUAUAACCGUAUCGAAUCAAGUUCAUGUUUCAGAUUUAUUCAUUCAAAAUUUAGCGUUUAUCAAUGAAGCCAAUAUGACCGAUUGUAUUGGCAUGUCUGCCUGUAACGAACAUUGUUAUUCAUGGCCCGAAAGAACAGCCGAACAAAAACAACGUGAACAAUCUGUUAUCGAUCAAUUUAUAUCUGCCAUGGAGGCAUCAUCGAAAAAAGAUGAAGAUGAUGAAACACCUGAUUUCGCUAAGGUUAUCAUGCAAGCAUCCAGAAAAGGUAUUGACUUUGCUCGUAACGCCAAAUCUACCAGUGGUAAAGGUCUUCGAUCAGCUUGUAUAAAUUGUCAGAAUCAAUAUUCAGCUAAUUGUCCACCAUUAAAUUAUGCAUACACUGUACGAAUUAAUGCUUUGUAUCGAAAAUUGAUCGAAUCAAAUGUCUCAUUCGUUGAUUUAGCACCAAAAUUACCUCAAAAUCUUAGUCCAGAAAUGUUAUAUUAUCAUUAUUCAAUGCAUUUUGUUGAUCGUGCCAAUUUGACAAGUUGUUAUUCAUUGGUAAGCUGUGAAAAUACUUGUCAAUUGUAUUCAAUGACUAUCACUGAAUUGGGCAUGAACAUGGUUGAACCACCAGCAAGUGAAUCUACUUUAAUGAAAGGUGAUCCAAAUAAAUCCAAAUCAAUCGAUAUAAUCCAUAAUGCUGCAAUUGCUGGCUAUAAAAUGGCAUCAACACCAGAAAAUGAAUGUCAUCAAUGUCGACAACAAUUUCCCGAUUGUACUGAUGAUAAAUAUGAAAUUGCUAAAGCUAGUGCUGCCAUCUUUGGUAAUUAAAUUAUUUUAA